GGGGGUUGGUGGCAAUGUUUCAGUCAGUCAGGGCAGUCUUAGAAGGGCAAAGGGUCAGAUUCUGGUUUUUGUUGGCAAUCAGUCAGACUCUGGAUGGGUACGGGCAACACCACAGUCUGUAUGCAAUCACUUCAAAUUAUCUAGAGUGGAAGAUGGGAGAGGAGACUCGUCAGUCCUGGGUGAGGCACGAGAAAGGAGCCACUGUGUUGUUCAUUUUCUGCUAAGCUGUGAGGGAAUUGGCAAGUCAGAGAAUUCUGGAGAAAUUUCGUGUGCAAGCAACAAGCAACAAUUUCAAGCAACGUUUAUUCGACUACCUGUAUUUCUGGGCUAUUUCCACACUUCUGAACAUCAGUCACUUGGUAGUGUUCUUUCUGGAGGAGAAUGGAGAGUUAGUGUUCCCAGAGAAGGCUGAUUUCCAUGGCAACGGGGGCCCCUCUUGGAUUGAAUUUCUCAAACCAGAGCAAAGAUCCCAGGGAAAAUGCUACCACCUGUGAGUCUUCAGGAUGGUGGGAAGUUUUAUAUGAAGGACUGCCACCCACCCUCAUUGUCAUCUUCUUUUUCGGUCUGGUCGGAAAUAUAUUCGUCCUGUCUGUCUUCCUCCUGCACAAGAACCGACUGACGGUGGCAGAAAUCUACCUGGCUAACCUGGCUGCUGCAGAUUUGAUCUUCGUCAUUAGUUUGCCCAUCUGGGCGAAGACUAUCAAGAAUAAAUUCAACUGGAUAUUCGGGGAGUCGGGUUGCCGUGGCAUCAACGGGCUCAUCAAGGCCAACUUGUUCACAUCCAUUUUCUUGGUGGUGGCCAUCAGCUUGGACCGAUACUGGGCUCUGGUACACACCAUAACGAGCAGAAGGAAGCGGAGCCGGAGGCGAGCUCAGAUCAUCUGUGCGGUCAUCUGGUUCGCGGGAGGACUCCUUAGCAUCCCGACAAUGGUGUUCCGAUCGGUGAAACACCUUCCAGACCUGAACGUCUCGGCCUGCAUCCUCGAUUUCCCCAGCCCAUCGUGGAACAACUACAAGAUCAUUUUCUUAAGUGUGUUGGGCUUUGUUCUCCCUCUGCUAGCGAUCGUCUUCUUCAACUAUCAGAUCAUCACAUCGCUCUGGGGGCGAGAGGACUCCAAACUCAAGAGGUCUGGAGAACCAAAAGACUCCAAGGCCACCACGCUAAUCCUCACCCUGGUGGUGAUUUUCCUUCUGUGCUGGACUCCUUAUCACUUACUUAGUUUCUUUGACUUUUUGUUUAGCAAGAACGUUUUGAAGGGCUGUUUCUGGGAGGAUUUCAUUGACCUUGGCAUCCAAUUAUCCACAUUCUUGUCUUUUAUCAACAGUUGUCUGAAUCCCAUAAUUUAUGUUUUCGUGGGGAAAUUUUUCAGGGCGAAGGUUUGGGAAAUUUAUAAACAGCGGUUCCAAAGGAAAUUUGCUUUGUCAUACGAGUCUUCAGAAAAGAAGCCCACUGGUUUUACCUUGGAUGUUAAAACCAUACUUUGACCAAAGAGCUGUGCUUUCUUGUCCUUUGUUAUGGCACUUAUUCUUCAGUCGAUUAAAAGAAUGGACUCUUUGGG